AUGCCUCUGCCCACGCGAACACUCGGCCGUGACGGUCCACAGGUUACCGGCAUCGGCCUGGGCCUCAUGUCCUUUGCGGGCUGGUACAAGCAGCAGGACACGAGCGAGGAGACGGCGCUCGACUUCCUGGACCGCGCCUACGAGUUGGGCGAGCGAUUCUGGGACACCGCGGACGUUUACACGAACAGUGAGGCGCGCGUCGGGGCCUGGUUCCAGCGCACGGGCAAGCGCGACGACAUCUUCCUGGCUACCAAGUUUGCGCUCCGCCACACACCCCAGGGCCGCGUCCUUGACAAUGACCCGGCGUACGUCAAAGAGGCCUGCGCCAAGAGCCUCAAGACGCUAGGCAUCGACACCAUUGAUCUGUACUACUGUCACCGCGUCGAUGAGAAGACCCCCAUUGAGCAUACCGUCAAGGCCAUGGCCGAGCUCAAGGCGGAGGGCAAGAUUCGCUACCUAGGACUGUCCGAGUGCUCCGCGGCCACUAUUCGUCGCGCGCACGCCGUGCACCCCAUCUCCGCAUACCAAGUCGAGUACAACCCGCUGUUCCUCGACAUUGAAUCCCCGAAAACGGAAAUCCUGCAGACGUGCCGGGAGCUGGGCAUUGCUAUUGUCGCCUACAGCCCGGUGGCGCGGGGUCUGCUGACGGGCGCAAUCAAGUCGCACAGCGACCUGGCCAAGGACGACUUCCGCGCAGCGGUGCCCAAAUUCAGCGAAGAAAAUUUCCCCAAGAUCAUGACGCUGGUGGAACGGAUCCGCGCCAUUGGCGACAAGCACGGCGCAACGCCGGCGCAAGUCUGCCUGGCAUGGGUGGCGGCGCAGGGCAAUGACUUCAUCUCGAUCCCGGGUACCACGACGACAAAGUACCUGGAGGACAAUGUCAAGGCGCUGAAUGUCAAGCUCAGCGCCGAUGAGGUUGCCGAAUUACGUAAAUAUGCUGAGGCGACGGAGCUUCCUGGUGACCGAUACCCUACUGGCUUCGGUACCAUGUUCCGCGACGCUGUGUCACUAUAA